AUGGGUUGUGUUGUUUGCAACAAGCUGGCUUUGGAAGCUUCCAGGGCUGCCGCCGAGUGCCCACUAAAGAAGAGCCGCUAUGCUGCGUUCAGCACAAAGUUUGGUCGGUACGAGGUGUCGCUGUCGUCCUCCUUGUCAAUGCAGCCGUCGGUGAUCCGGGCUCACGAAGCUUCCCGAGUUCACCGAAGAGCGCUCAAGCUUUGGGUGGAGCCGGAGCGGCCCCUGUUCCAACUGCUGCCGGAGGACUGCGCUGAGUUCGAAGAUCAGGAAUCGCUGCUGCGAGGGCACGUGCCGCAGGUCAAAGACUGGAUCUAUGCCUGGCGCUGUUGCAAGAGCUCGCUGUCGUUUUCGGCCGCGGACCAGGUCCAAGGCACGCUGUCGUUUUUGUCGGAAGGGAGUCGCGGUCGUGCUGGCCCGCUGGAUCAGCGGAAAAGCCUCAAGGCCAUGUGCCUGGUGAUGGCCAGGGCCGUGAAGGAGCAAGUGCUGCGAGAUCUGUCCAAAGCGGAAGCAUGGUGCUUGACGCUGGAUGACAGAAAGCAGUACCGUCUGUUCACCUACGAGGCCAGCGUUGUGGAGGAGGUCGACUCGGUGUCGCAGGCGAUUCGCAAGCAAGGCUUGCUUUGCGUGUCGGAGUUGCCGUCGUCGUCGGAAUCGUUGGAGGGGUUCGAGGUCGAGUAUUGCCAAAAGGUAGCAGACACCGUUGUCAAAGCAAUUGAUGAUAUCUGCGAGAAGGACGAGACCCUCUGCGAGCGGCUGAAAUCUACGCUGCUUUCGGUGAUGGGCGAUGGGGCCGCCAGUUUACAGAAAGGUUUCCGCUACUUGCAAUCAGUGUUUCCCAAGCUGAUGCUACUGGGCAAGGACCCAUCGCACUUGAUCCGGCGGGCAACCGGCGAGGCACUGGCACGGGAGAAGCUCUUCUCCGAGUACAUCGCGGUCGUGUGGGAGUCGAAGGAGUCGUUCGUGCCAUCAAUUCAGAACUCCGCAGCAUGGCGAGCUGAGUUGGAAGCGGCUCAACGUGUCGUGGUCGAGGACAGCGGCGAGCAGGGCGGAGGCCUGCAGCGGAUCAUGCGGCAUUUCCGCUAUGCCAAGCAACGCUUCGAGAGCUCGGCGCACCCUCAUCAUGUGUAUUGCUGCUUGCUGUCAUCGGUCCUCUUACUUUGCGCGGUGACGGUAUCUGCUGAGGGCGAUGCCGUCAAGAAGAAGAAGGCCCAGACUCUUCUUGAUUCCAUGAGCCCUCGGCAUGCUGCACUGGCCGGGCUUGGUGCAGACUUCGGAUGCGAAAGUGCCCGGCUCAUACGACAAUUCGAUGUCGAUUGUCGUGAUCCCGCGGUCGUCCGUCGCAUCGUCCAAGACUGCCUCACACAUGACUGGAUGAGCCGCAUGGAGCUUCUGUUCUUAGAGGGGCGAGUUUUGGGCGAAGCGCAAGCUGGUGGCCACGCAGGGCAGCAGAUGGAGACGGCGACUUGCACAGCCAUCACCACGCUGAUGGAAGCACCGCCAUUGAUCUGCAAGGGUCAGAUCAAGUAUUUGUGGACAUCGGAUGGCAAGAGCCAGGUGUUGGAGGCCCUCAGGUCGGCACAGCUGGUGACGAAGUUGUGCUUACGCAGGCUGCAUGCUGACUUCUCCGAUUGCCUCGCCACCGACCUCAGCGUUUUCGAUUUGUGGCAGUGGAAGUCGGCGUUGCAGCCUGAGUCGCCGUCUUCCUCCUCCAACCGGGCUGCUGAGUACACGCAGUUCUGCGAGCAGGCAAAGCGCAAGCUUGGCAGGUUGUGCAAGGCAUACAAUCAAAGUUCCUGCCCGGAGUUCGUCAAUAAGGCCUGGCACCAGCUGAUUGGUUUUGCCGAGUACUUCGUCAAGGAAGGGUGUGGGUCGCUGUCGGUGUCGCAGUCGCAAGACAACCGCCCGUUCUGGGGUGUGGUGAUGAACCCGGGAUUGUGCCAAACAGUCUUGGGUAACCUACCGAACGAGCUGCGCUGCAUCGUGCAUGUCUACAACUCCUUCGCAGGAGGGACUGGCAGGACAGAACGUGCCCUUGGCUGUGUCACCAAACAAUUAGAGGCACAUUGUGGACCCAUGAACACCAACACGGUCGAAAGCCUUACCUUCCUCGCAUUUUCUCCUCUGUCUGAAGAGUCGUUUGCAAAGCGGGUGAGUAGCAGUGGAGGAGGUGUCGAUGUCGAGGUCCCCCAGAUCGCUACGGCUGUGGAGGUCGUCACCAGCUUUGCUCUCACGCCCCUGGGCUUCCGGUGUGCUGAGCUUUGGGUCCAAUCUCAUGGGAGGCGCUUCAAUGCCUACACCAAAGGUGGCGUGCAGCCCUGGAGGCGAAACGACGAGCGUGCUCGUCGUCGUCGUGCUCGCGAUGGAGCUCGUCGUCGUUUUCGAAAGGGGUGCCACAACACUGCGGCUGCCAACCGGGACCUUGCCUGCGACACGUUGGUGGAGCGAGCUGCUCCCAGGCUGGUGGCCAACGUGGCCCCUACCCAGGCAUCCUGCAAGUUCGAUGCCUGGGCAUCGGCACCCUCGCAAAAGCACCCGGGGUGGACCCACAAGCUGGCGCUGUAUGAGCAGAAUACCGCUGCCAAGAAGCAGGAAAACUUUUCUCAGCGGGAGCGGCUGAAGAGAACUGGAAAGGCCUGGGCAGUUCCGGAGCCGAAGCGCACGCGGGUCUUGUGGCAGCCGCCAGUCGAGGUCGUGGGCAUUGUCUUGAACCUGUCCGGGUCGGAGAUGAAGCCGGAAUCGUGGCCUCGAUGUCGCGAAAAGAAGCUGUUGCCUGACAAGAAGACUGCAAAUCACGCUUUCCAGGCCACGAGGCUCUGCGAGGCCGUGCUCGUCAAGGAUAUUCGGCGUGGCUUUCCGUGGAAGUCGGAGUCGGAGGCAGCGGUUAUUGGUGCAGCUCUGGCAGCCACCGCCUACGGUGUCGUGGUCGCGGAUUGUCGCUGCCCCCGCUCCUGCAUCAGACUGGACAAGGGAUCCACCGCCACAAGGGCCAAGGUCACAAGCCGGUUUGAGGAGCGACAUCGGGACCUGUGUGAUUUGCUGAGGGUGCUGCGUGAAGAAGGUUUCAGCAUUUUGCGGCCUUCUUCCGCAGCAUCCGAAGAGGCACACGAGAUCAACUCCAUCUCGGACCUGGUCUCGUGGAUGCACAAGGCCCAGCGAGUCGUGGGCCCUGGCCAGGCCGGCAGCGCAGCCGUGAGUCGCAGUCGCAGCACGAAGUGA